AUGCUCACCCUCGCAUUCAGAGCAGUCAACUACGAUUUCAUGUUGGUAGCGGUAAAAUCACCACGUCCUCCCUCCGCCGCGAUGACUGCAGAGCGUGAUCCGAUUACAUAUAUUUACAUCACCAAUGACGAUCUGCCAACACUGGUCCAAUCUGCCGUGUACAAUCACAUCUCCAUCUCCAGCCUCGGAUUUGGAACAACCAAAGGCUAUGUGCGAAAGCUUCGUAGUCAUUCCUCCCCAACCAUCGAAUCAGUGUCGGCGAAUACACUAUGCUUCCUCGACAAGCUCGCCUUGGCGGUAGGAGCACAUUUCGGCUCCGGAUUCGACGCACCGGAGUUCAAAGCCGCCUUCAGCGCCGCCAUGCAGCGGAUCGCCAUUCAGAUGCAGCACAGGAAAGCGUCAGGCGGUCCUUACCUAGAUACCGGCGCCGCGGCGAAAAUGCUCAGAUCCUUGGCCGCCCGGUCGUUGGUAGGCUACGCCGAAUUCAGGACAUUUAUAGGCGAAGCUGCAAUCACGCUUCUUCAUAGAAGAUCCUUCACUGCGCUCUGGGACGGACAUGAGAAGCGAGUUCACCUCGAUCAAGAUGGUCUUUACCGAUGCAGGUGGAGCCCGAUUCAUCCGUCUCCGUUUGCACCAGUGUACCAGCAGAUGCCGAUUGAGGGUGCAAACGUGCAGAAUGGAAGUUUCAACAAUAUGGAUGGUACUGGCCAAUUGAGCUGGCCUUCGGUUCCGCCAGCGAUGCCGUUUGCACCAGUGUAUCAGCAGAUGCCGAUUGAGGGUGCAAACGUGCAGAAUGGAAGUUUCAACAAUGUGGAUGGUGUUGGCCAAUGGAGCCGGCCUUCGGUUGAGCCAGCGAUGCCGUCUGCACCAGUGUACCAGCAGAUGCCCAUUGAGGAUGCAAACGUGCAGAAUGGAAGUUUUAACAAUGUGGAUGGUGUUAGCCAAUGGAGCCGGCCUUCGGUUGAGUCAGCGAUGCCGUUUGCACCAGUGCACCAGGGGAUGCCGGGUGAGGGUGGACAUGAGCAGAUUGGAUUCAGCGGCAGUCUGUAUGAUGUUGACCGACGUGUCUGGCCUCCGGUUCAGUCGCCUUAG